AUGGUUCUUUGGUACAAAAACCGUCACGACUAUCCCUUCAACUUUGAAACAGUCACCGUCGCCGUCUUCAACAAAUACCCAAACCCUUACGCCUCUCAUGUGUUAUCAGUUGAUACUAUAGAUCGUGAAAUUAAAGAUGGCAAAUUACACACUACAAGACUGAUUAAAAAAGUUGGUAAAUUACCGAGAUGGGUUAAACCUUUCCUCAGAGGUAUAAAUGAUUCAUGGAUAGUGGAGAAGACAAUAAUAGAUCCUAAAUCACAAAAUUUACAAUCUUACACAAGAAAUUUAGACCAUACCAAAAUUAUCAGAGUGGAGGAAUAUACUACUUAUCAAUACGACUCAAACCUGGAUAAAACAAAUGUUGUUUAUAAUGUCAAGUUUAGUUCUGGUUUCAAAAAUGUGGUUAGAGAUAGAAUUGAAGCUUAUAGUCAUAGUAAGUUCCAAGAAAACAUCAAAAACACAACAAUGGGUAUGGCUUAUGUGAUGCAAAAAUUUCAAGAAAGAAGACUACUAUGGGCCAAAAACAAAGCUGCUAGUUGA